AUGGGCAUCCACUCCAUCUUGCGCCAGGCGCGCGCGCAGGGCUGGCGGGACGACACGGUCGAGUACGCCAUUUUCCCCGACCCGGGUUCCUUCGAGCUGCCGCCCCCCGCGCCGGUUCAGGCGGCGGAGAGCGACGAGGCGGUACGGCGCGGGCUGGAGGCGCUGCGCGUGGCGUGCCUCGACAUCGCGGCGAGGCACGCGGGCGACAUGCGGUGGAACCGCGACCCCUUCCAGCUCUGGCCCGCGCCGCCCCUCGCGCGAGACGCGGCGGAGCAGGCGGUGCGCGGCGUUGAGGGGGAGGGGGAGGAGGAUCCGCCGUUCCGAUGGCGCGACAGGGACGACGACGUGGCUUGGGGUCUGCAGGAUGACGACGAGGAGGGGGACGAGGGGGAGGGGGAUGAGGGGGAGAAGGCGGACAGUGCAGGAGGAGCGGAUAAGCGUGGGGGGGAGCGGGGGCAGGUGAGCGUGCCGGCGCACCUAUACGGGCGCACGCAGUACGGCGCGAGUGUGGAGGACGAGUGGGUGGUGGUGUGGCUGCUGCUGCGCAUCUCCGCCUGCCUGCCCUUCCUCUCCAUCCGAGUGCGCGACGGUGAUGGGGACUUUGUGCUCAUCGAGGCGGCCACGGUGCUGCCCAAGUGGGUGGCGCCCUCCUGUGCGCGCAACCGCCUCCUCCUGCGCCAGGGUCGCCUGCAUCUGGUGCAUCCGCGUCUGCGCCGCCCGCCCUACCGCCCCGCCGCGCUGCACACCGCACUGGCCGCCGUGCGCAGUGCCGACGAGCCCACGGAAGCUUCUGAGAAGAUUCAUCGCGCCGUGAUGAGCCGCCUGGAAGGGCUCCCAGGCUCUGCGCUGGCAGCUGUGCACACCGCCAGGUGUCGCCUUCCCAUUCGUGCAGCACAGGUCAGUGCACGUGCCCCCGCCCAGUCAGCACGCCCCCACUCUCCCCCACUCCGCUCUGCGCCCCUGUUGCUGAUCCAUCUUUGCUUCUCCCCACCUUCUCCCCCUUUCUACCCACCCCCCCAGGCAGUGCAGCAGGACCCGUACCUGGCCACCCUGGCAGCCCACGCCUUCCUCAACAGGGACCAUGCCGCCUCCUCCCCCUCCCACACACCCUCUCCCUCCCGCCACCCCUCGCAGCCCCUCCCCCUCUUCCUCCCCCACACCUCCUGCCCCUGCGCCCUCGCAUCCUCCCGGCCCCCUGCGCCCCCCACCACAUCCGCCAACGCCCCCCCCAUUGCUCCCCCCCCUGCGCCCUGCCCACCCCCCUGUGUGGCGGUGGUGGACGUGAUGGUGGGGCUCCCCCGCGCCUGCUACGCGCAGCUCGCGCUGCUGCCCUUCUCCCCCUUACGCGCCUUCCCCCUGCCCUUCCCCUCCGACCCCCUCUAUCCCGCCGCCCUGCUUGGCUGCAAGCUCGCCCUCGGCCUGCACCUGCUCUCGCAGGGGGUGGGCCGGGGGACAGGAGGGAGGGGCAAGAGCAAGGGUGGCGGUGAGGGGAAAGGGGAGAGGGAGAGCGCGAGAGGGGAGGGUGGGGAAGGGGGUGUGGAGGGAGCAGGGGAGAGCAGGGAAGUGCAGGUGUGCGAGUGUGAUAAGGUGGUGGUGCCGGCAGGGAUGGCAGGGGGUGAGGGCGAGGGAGCGGGCGGUGGGGGCAGGGGGAGGGCAGAGCUGUGCCAGUGGAGCGACCUGUUGCUGUGCCUCACACACGCAGGGCUCUUCCAUUCCGCCCACCCGCCCUCUGCUCCCUCCAACCCUGCCGCUGCUGCCGCUGGGGCUGCUGUGGGGGCCGAGGAGCAGGGGACGAGUGGGGCAGUGGGGGAGGAGCGGAGAAGGGCAAUAGAGAAGGAGAUGGAGAAGCGGUUCAGAGCGGUGCAGCGGUUUGCACAGCUCAGCGCCACAGCGGCUGAGCCAGCGGCGCGCAUCUACUCUGUGCUGGCGGGGCAACCUGCGCCGCACCCGUCGGCCUUCUCACGGGCAGCGCUGCGAGCGGACGACAGCGAGCGGUGGAUGGGCGACGCCGUGCGAGCCAUGGAGGCGCGCCUGGGCAACCAGCAGGCGGAGGGGCGGGGGGGGGGCAGGCGCAAGGGGGGGCGUGAAAAGGAGGGAGCUGGGGUGGGGGGAAGGAGGAGGGAAGGGAAGAUUGGCAAGGCGGGGAGGAGGGAGGGAGAGGAGGUGCAGGGAGAGGAGGAGGCGGGACAGUUGUUGGAGCGACUGAAGCGAUUCAUGUCUGGCGUUUCUGGGUUUGAGGGCGUGGAGGCCGAGGAGGGUGGUGAUGGCAGUGAUGGGGGCGAGGGUGAGGGGGGCGAGAGUGAGGGGGGCGAGAGUGGGAGAGGGGGGAGUGGUGAGGAGGAGGAGAGUGGUGGCGGGGGGUGGAACGAAGGGGAGGAGAGUGGUGAGAGUGAUGAGGAGGAGCAAGAGGAGAGGGAGGAAGUGCAGCGGGUGAGUGUGGAGGGUGGUGUGGGAUUGCAGGAAGAGGAGGAGGAUGGUGACGAGGAUGGCGGGGAGGUGGUGAUGGGGCGGGAGAAGCUGAGGGAGUUUGAGAGGUUUAUGGAGGAGUUGGAGGGGGUGAUGGAGCGGUACAGCGAGGAGGAGGUGAAGGGGUUCCGAGGCGAUGGCAGCUCGGAGGGCGACGAGGACGACGCCAGCGAGUCCGCCUUCUUCUCAGAGCCGGGCAGUGACAGCGACUGGGAGGAUGUCAGUGACGCGGGCAGCCAGGGGGGCGAGGGCGAGGAGCAGGAGGAGGAGGAGGGUGAGAGCAAGGGGCCUAUCUCGGGGCCAUUGGUGCUGGGCGGUGGUGGCAGGGGCAGUGGAGGUGCAGGCAGGGGUGCAGGCCGGGGUGCAGGCAGGGGUGAGAGUGGGCCGGGUGAGGGCAGUGGGCCGGGUGAGGGCAGUGGGCCGGGCCGGGCAGGGGCGGGUGCAGCAGCAGCAGGAGAGGGGAAGGAAGCGGAGGAAGGGGAGGAGGCACGGCGGGUGGUGGGCAGCCUGCAGAUGGCGGCGCGCCUUCAGGGGGGGCUGCCGGGGCCAGCUGCACUGCUGCUGGACGCUGUUAGGGGGGAUGCCGGGGUGAAGCGGGGCAGAGGGGGGAAGGGGAAGGCUAGAGGUAAAGGGAGGAGAUGA